AUGGUUGCCCAAAGCCGCGGGGAGCAGCGAAAUAGCAAAGCUAGAGAGAGAGACUCCAAUGUCUGUCGCCAACAGAAGUGCGAUCAGUGGAGCCCUACAUUUCUCCCGGUUAUCUUCUACCUUUACCAGAAGAUUCACCACCUCUUCGCCGAUGCUUCGACUAAAACCAAGCGGAGGAAGAAGAAGAAGAACCUGUUCGAAGUAGUUCAGUUUUUGCCCAAUUGGGGAGUAGGAUACCAUGUCGCCAAGGCUCAUUGGGAUGAAAUAUCGUACCAGAUCACCAAAUUAAAUCUGUACAAGAGUGGCACGCAUGGCAAGGCAUGGGGCGUUGCUCAUAAAGAUGGCACGCCUAUCGCAGAAGCUCCGAAGAAGAUCAGUGGCGUUCACAAGCGCUGUUGGAAGUAUAUCGCUAGCUUACCGAGUUCAGGAGACAGCGACCCAUCAGCUGAAGUUCAAACUUCAUGACUGCAGAUUACAGUCCUUAAAUAUAGUCAGGUUUCUUAACUUCAUUAUAUGAGGGGCAUUCUGUGCUUUACAUGCAAUCCAGGAUGAAAUGAAAGAUCAAUCGUCCCGAACUUUGUGUAACUUCGAACUCGUUUUUCAAUUCUCAGAUACUUGUGGAUUUUAUUGUUGAAUAGAGGUUUAAGAAUCAGUGUUUUUGUCCUGCUCCUGCUGUGAGAUGAAUACAAUAAUGUUUCCUUUUUUAAACAUGGAAAGUGUUGAAGAGUU